UUAUUUACAUAUAUAUACACAAAGGCCUUAAAAUAAUACAGAAGCAAACAUCUAGUCGCUGCUUGCAGUUUCGUUGCCGUUGCAGUAAUGUCUGAAAAACCGACUGUUUUAAUUUUGGGUGGCUGUGGAUUCAUUGGACGCAACUUGCUGACAUACUUGCUUAACAAUGACUUGACAGAGGAAAUUCGCAUUGUUGAUAAGACGCCGCCACAGAUGGCCUGGCUGAACGAGCAACAAUCCAAGGCAUUCAGCAACGAUAAAGUAGAGUUCUGCAGUGCAAACUUAAUAAACGCCGCCUCAGUUCAGUCGGCGUACGCACCACACCCAACAACAAAUCGCAGCUGGGACUUGGUCAUAAACUGUGCCGGCGAAACGCGUGCCAAUCAAGAUGAUGCUGUGUACAAGGAGGGCAUUUACAAGCUGAGCAUUAAUUGUGCUAAUGAGGCCGCAAAUCAACAGGUCAAGCGUUAUGUAGAGCUCAGCUCAGGCUGUGUUAACAGCAGCGAAAAGACGCCACUAAAGGAAGACUGCAAACAUGAACCAUGGACGGGCGUGGCUAAGCAAAAGCUAAAAGUGGAAAAGGAGCUGGCGCAAGUUAACAAUCUCAACUACACCGUAGUGCGUCUACCAAUUGUCUAUGGCAUUGGUGAUAAGCGCUAUUUGAUGCCGCGUAUUAUAAUCGCUGCCAUAUACAAAUACCUCGGUGAAACAAUGAAGCUACUGUGGAACGACGCCAUGCGUCUAAAUACGGUGCAUGUUGAUGAUGUGUGCGCAGCGAUUUGGCAAUUAGCACAAAGUCCCAAAACGGCUGGACAAGUCUACAACAUAGUGGAUGACUCAGCGUCAACGCAGGGCAGCAUCAGCGACAUGUUGGUGGAUAUAUUUGGUAUUAAUGUCGAUUAUUUUGGAAUUGUAAUGUCCAAUUUGACAAAGAUCUAUCCGACCGAUACGGUAGCUGAGAUUAACGACAAGCACUUGGCACCCUGGGCGGAGAUUUGUCAGCGAAAUGGCAUUGACAACACACCACUUACGCCUUACUUGGAUGAGGAGCAACUGCAUCAUAAGCAUCUCAAUUUGGAUAAUUCAAAACUCAAGGACUUCGGUUAUGUGCUGCAGAAGGCAAAAGUCACGCGUGACUUGCUUAUUGAGAUGAUUGAUGACUAUGCCAAGCAGCAGCUAUUUCCCAAGUCCUUAGCCCUUUAACCAAUGGCAAAGUAUAAAUGCACCAAGUUAAUAUGCACAAUCAAGCAAUUAUUAGUGGACUAAGCGAAAGAUAUUUUUAUAUUGAAUCCAUAUAAUCUUCCAUUUUACAUCAGACUUAAGCUUCGCUGUUCGGAGUUUUUGCAAAAGAAAAAGUGUACUUAUAGUAUUAUGUGUAGACGUGCCCAAUUCCAUAUUUUUUAAUAGAUAUAUAUAUGCAUUCCAAUCAAUCGUAUAACGUAUACGUAAUUUUUAUAAGACUAACAUUUGUAUUGUGAUCAGUUUUAGUGGCCAAUUGACAAUAAAAUAAAAUGCAUUUUUUUUAUAUUUAUGUUUGUGUAUAUUUGAUUACUUUAAAAGUUGCGGCAACAUAGCGUCGUCUCGUACAAUACGAUAGAUAAUUGAAAAAUGCAAUUGCUUCACUUUUACGCUCUCAUUAACUUAAACAUUACAGAAAAUCAACAAUAAUCAUUUUAUAAAAGCAAUUUAAGCUCAUAUCUUUCUCAUUAGCUUAAUACAAAAAACGGGCAAAUGUUUAAAAUUGAACAAUUAAGUAUUUCAGCUAACAUACAAUUUCUGUUUUCUUUCAUUUGAUAAAUUACUUGGACUUUGUGACAAUUUGUUUUUGCUAAAAAUGACGCGGGUGCAUAUAUGAUAUUUGCUUUUGAGUUCUCAAUCAGUUAAGCUAGUUAAGUUUUAGC